AUGUCCUUGUUCUCCCACUCGGCGCAGGAGCUACCCUACCCCAUAUUAGAGGUUUGCUUUAACAGUCAUUCGGGCUCACAUCGAUCCAACCGGCCGUCUAAUAGUCCCUUCCAAAACCUGAAGACAUAUGCGUCACUCAGCAAUGGGCCCGAACAGCUAAGCCUGACAUGGGACGUCAUCAACUCAGGUGCACAGUCCCUCGAAGCCGUCUCGAUUGAAAAUUAUGGGAAAUUUUCUGUCCCUCCUAUGGCACUUACCCUGGAUCGUCUUGUGAAUUUAACCUACCUAUCAUACUCUCAACGCCAUAUCCCAUGGUUUACGCCAGAAAACUAUGACCAGAAUAUCGGAAAACUUUCCCAGUUCCUAAUAACAAAAGCACCGAUGAAACACCUUGAACGCAUCGAUCUCGAACUCCAAUGUCAUGUAGCGGGCGUUCCGGAUCCGUCGUUCGAUGCCGAAACGGUCGCUCAAUGGCGGCACUUUGAUCAUGUAUUUUCUGGGCCUCAAUAUCCAGCUUUACAAUAUCUUUUUGUCAAGAUCUUUGUUGAAAUUAUCCUGGAAUCGAUCUCGGAUGAUUUUGACGUGAAUAUUUUCACCGAUUUGGCGACUUUGGAGUUGGAGCGCUGCUUCGUCCAGUUAUCUACGAGAGACAAAACAGUCUUCAAAGUCGAUGUGGGAGCUUCUGUAGAGGUCGUAUAG